GACCACCCAAUUGUCCACGAGGACAAGGUGGGAAGAGAGAGAGAGAGAAAGAUUGAGUUCAGAAGAAGAAGAAGAAGAAGAAGAAGGCUGUUGUGGUUGUGAUUCCUGCGAAGGCCCCGAAUAAGCAAGGAAUGGGCUUUCUGUCUCUGAAUUCACUGCCUCUCCCUCCUCCUCCUUCUUCCCAGCCUCUAUCCGGCAAAUCAUUGAUACACACCGCCGCUCCGAUUCUGCAAUCCCCCGUUUCUGUCAAGCCCAUAGUAGUAAGCGGAAACCCUCCAACUUUCGUCUCAGCUCCUGGCCGUCGUAUAGUAGCCAUCGGGGAUCUUCAUGGAGAUCUUGCACAAGCCAGAAGUGCACUCGAGAUUGCUGGUGUCCUUAGCUCCGACGACCAAGACUUUUGGACUGGUGGAGACACGGUCUUGGUUCAGCUUGGGGAUAUACUUGAUCGAGGGGAAGAUGAGAUAGCAAUUUUAUCCUUGUUACGAUCAUUGGAUAUUCAGGCAAAAGCUAAUGGUGGUGCAGUUUUUCAGGUAAAUGGAAAUCAUGAGACAAUUAAUGUAGAAGGAGAUUAUAGAUAUGUGGAUCCAGGGGCAUUUGAUGAAUGCUUAUACUUUUAUGAGUACUUGAAUGAAUGUAAUCAUGACUGGGAAGAAGCUUUUAAGAGUUGGUUUAGGGUUUCAAAAGAGUUGAAGAAACAGAAGAAGACAAGCCAGAAUUAUUGGGGGGCAUGGAAUCUAGUCAAGAGGCAACAAGGAGUGAUUGCAAGGUCCGCCCUUCUAAGGCCAGGGGGUCCAUUGGCUUGUGAACUAGCAAAACAUGGUGUUGUUCUCAAAAUAGAUGAUUGGGUAUUUUGUCAUGGAGGCCUUCUUCCUCACCAUGUUGCGUAUGGGAUAGACAGGAUGAACAAUGAAGUAUCAAAGUGGAUGCGAGGUGGUGCAAGUGAGGAAGAUGAAAGACAACAAAAUCUUCCUCCUUUCAUAGCAACGAGAGGUUAUGAUAGUGUUGUUUGGAACCGUUUAUAUUCUGCAGAUGAUGAUGGAGAUGAACGACGGCUUAAUAAGAUUGAAUAUAUUCUCGAAGAAACAUUGGAAGCAGUAGGUGGUACGGCGAUGGUGGUGGGGCACACACCUCAAACAAUUGGAGCAAACUGCAAAUACAAUUGUAGCAUAUGGCGCAUUGACGUGGGAAUGUCUAGCGGAGUUCUAAACUCAAGACCGGAGGUCCUGGAAAUUAGAGGAAGGGAGGCCAGGGUGAUAAAGAGUAAAAGGGACUACUUUCAGCAUAAUAGCCAUCUUCAGGACCAAGUUGUUGAUUACUUGUAAGAUAUCAUCAGAAACAAACAACAGCUGAGGCUGAUAGUAUGUGUUUAUAUUUUUAUGCUUUGGUUUAAGUGGGUUGGGCAUUCAAAUGUUUGAGUUACAUAAGACAGAAGAAUAGUAUCUAAUUAUUUUUUUUAUCUUGUGACUCAUUAUACAAUAAUAAGCAAUAAUAAUCACCUCUACUCAAUUCUACUUUC